AACGAGAGCGACCAGGGUAAGGGGGUAAGAGAAAGAAGGAACAAAGGAACAAAGGAACAAGGAAAAAAAAAGAGAAGAAAAAAAAGACGUAAACCGCCGAACGACUCCUUUCCUCAAAAGCUGCCACGACGACCUCCGCCAGAUCCCGCACUUCCUCCCUUUUCUCUUAUUCCCUUCAUUCCCUUUUCGACGUUCUCCAAGGCGAUUUCCGCGCGAUUAUUUUAGCCCCCGACAACUCUAGUCCAACUCCUCGCGCAGCCUAUUAGGUAUCGGCCUCUUCCGUUCCGCCUCUACGUAAUCACCACAGUCGUUGCCACGUUCCCAUCCAACUUACUUCAUCGCACCACCGCAAUACCAGAGACACAAACGUACCCAUGGAAAUACCAAAGUUUCGGCGCAAGCCAAAACAACCCACCAUCGUGACCGACACGAGAGCUCUCACCCCUCGCGAGUCGCCCGACUCAUCCCCGUCGACCAUGGCCAGUCCCGGCGCGAAGUCCUUCGGCCAGUUGCACCCCCUUCGCAAAGGGCCCUUCCGCAACUUUCACCUGCGCAGCGCCACGAAGCGCGCCCGCUCCCCUGCUGCUCCUCCUUCGCCUCUGCCUUCGUCUUCUCCUCUGUCGACCCGCACUUCGAUUCAAGAAGGUGCCGCCAUCUUUGCAUCGAGCCCUCCUUCCCCCGUAUCAGUGCGCCACCGAGAUGGCCAAGCAGUCGAUAGCCGGAACUCCAGGGAUGCUAGGAAGAAGCCCAAGAUGCCCUUCUUCUUGGAUCAACCUCUGGAUGCCAUCGAGGAAAAGUUCAUCUUUCUCCCCUUCGCCAUCCCACCGCCCGUUCAGCCCGAUUCCGACCUUAAUUCCACCUCCCCGUACAACUUCUACCGCCAGACCGACAUGCGCCGCGGCGUCAUGGACCGUUACACAAACAUCAAACCCUACAACCACAACCGCGUUCGCCUGCGGGUCCCCGACUCCACCCUGGACUACGUCAAUGCCUCCCCCGUCACUUUGCCCGCGAUGAACGAAAACCUGCCUCCGCUGCGCUAUAUCGCCAUGCAAGGACCCACCAGGCUUUCCAUCGACUUUGUGUGGCGCAUGCUUGCCGAACAGACCCGAAGCGAGAACCCCGUAGUUAUUGUCCAGCUCACCACCAUGAUUGAGGGACAGCACGAAAAGUGCUUCCCCUAUCUCCCCAUGUCUCCCGAAGAAGGUCCCUGGGUCCUCAACCGCAACGAUGGCUGGGAGGACGGAUGGAGGGCCGAGCUGCGCUGCGAAUCUGUACAAGAACUGGAAGGAGGAGCCAUUGAGCUGCGGAAAUUGGUUCUCCGAGUUGACCCUCCCGAAAGCCGGGAGAACUCGGAGACGGAUGAAGAUGACGAACACGACGAAGACGAGGAGGACGGAGGCGCCAGUCUCGAGGAUGGAGAAGACGAGGAACGCGUGAAGCCCGAGGAAUGGACCAUCUGGCACUUCUACUACACCAGGUGGCCCGACUUCGGCGCGCCAGCGCUCGAGGACGUCGAAAGCUUUCUCGCCCUGAUGCGCCUGUCGCGGGACUACAACACGGGCAAGGCGCCCCAGCCCGAUGGUGCCACGUCCGAGCGCAACGGAAACGACGUGCCCCGCUCGAGAGCAACCGAGUCUACCGGCCAAGAAAAGAAGAAGGAGAAGGACGACCAGGAGGAAGCGAACCCGCGCAUCAUCCACUGCAGCGCCGGAGUGGGUCGGACCGGGACAUUCAUCACUCUCGAGCACCUCAAGCGCGAGCUCGACGCCGGCACACUGGAGAACUACGACGGGUCCCUCAACGUCACAUUGAGCAGCGGAGGAGGAGACGACUCGGACGACGACGCCUUCCCCGACCCCAUCGUACAGACCGUCGAGAAGCUCCGCGAGCAGCGGCUGCUCAUGGUGCAGUCGCCGGACCAGUUCCUUUUCCUCUACCAGACGCUGCGCCAGAUGUGGCUGCACCGCUACGGCCCGCUUGUGGACGACCCGGCCGAGGGAUUCGAGGAGCGGGCCCCUAAGAGGUUGGAGGUCGGAGAUCCUUACGUCGAUUGACGCCAUGACCCGGCCCGUGAGGAGCGGCGACCGGGACUUGAGCUGACGAGGGAGGAUCUGUCCCGCUUCACUCGCCGAGGGUUAUCCGCAUGAGAAAGAAAAGGGAAGGUGCGGGGGCCAUGGUC